AUGACCGCAACCUUAAAUCAAACCAACGCAUCAACCAUCUGCAAGCUUCGAAUAGAUGAGUCAACAGUCGAGAAUAUUCUUAGAAUUAUGCAUAAUUAUACUACACAUGUUAUAGAAAUAAAAGUAUCCAUCAAUUCGGGGAAUAAAACGCGACGUUUCCCAGAACUCGUAUGGCCUUGGGCAAGCGAAAUUGGUCGGACAAUAAUCUCAUUGAAAGCGCAGAGCACAUCAUCUUUGCACAUUAUUACACUUACCCCUGGAAUAAAAAAAGUGAAUGUGGUUGUUUUCGAGGAAAACUAUGGAUGUUUGCCAAAAGGAAGCAAUGGUUCGGUACGUGUCUUUGACUUUCUGUUACAUCGGGUUUCUCGUUCUGAUGACACUCACAAUUAUGAGUUAUGUCGCGCAUUUGGUAAUGACUUAAAACAGUAUAAUUGUUGCAGAGUAACCAGUGGUGGGAAACUAACGAUUUGUGCUGAAUAUUCAUCAAUUGUACUGAAAUAUGCUAGAUCCUACAUUAAGGUAAUGGUAUGGAUCACUACAUAUGUUGCUCUCCCUUUAAUGCGGCAAUACUUACACUCAAUUCCGUAUGAAACAGAAUAUUAUGGGAUUGCCGAUAGUCCAAUGGCACUUUCAACAAUAUUUUAUACCGUAUUCAUUGAAGGAUCAAAAACGGCAGUAAAACCGUGCUAUAGAAGAUUAGCGUUUUCGCUCACAGUCGCAAUGAUGCUUUGUAUUACAUAUUCUGGACUGUUUUGGUGGAUAACAUUACUGGUGUGGACCAUAAUUUUUACGUCUUGGGAUUUUUUUGGGAUAAAUGAAAAUGUUACUAAUGGAAAUGUCACUAAUGAAGAUGUUACUUAUGAAGAUGUCACUAAUGAAGAUGUUACUAAUGAAGAUGUCACUAAUCAGGAUGUUACUAACGAAAAUGUCAGUAAUGAAAAUGUUACUAAUGAAAAUGUUACUAAUGAAGAUGUUACAAAUAAUAGUAAAAAGGUAAUCACAAUGAAUAUGGUGAAUUAUGAAACAUAUUUCUGCUUACUUACAUUACCUUUCAAUAUCAAAUUUUGGUGGAAUACUUUUAAAUCGAAGUUCCCACUAACCAACCAGAAACCAUCUCAACGGUCAACAAACCCGCAACAACUUGACACAAACCCCCAACAAUCGCCUGAACAAAAUCUUGAAUUACUAACAAGUUGUGGAAAACAAUUUGUAACAGGUUUAUGCUUUGGGCUCGCAUAUUUGGUUCUUUUCUUAAUUUGGCCUGUCUAUAUUUUGUUUUUUCCACUGCUGGCUUCAGUGAUAGGCAUAAUACAAGCCGCUAAUAUGGCAAAACAAGACGAAGAUGCAUCAUGUACAUGCAAGACCUGCUUAAUAUCAGUUGCGGCGGGAAUAAUAUAUCACGUUAUGUUGUUAACUUCUGCCAUAUUCACGAUGUUGGCCGUUGACAUCCUCUUGAGUUUAGCUCUGUAUUUGAUUACUGGCAUAUAUCUUAAUGGAUCAUUUUACGGUCCUAUCGUUGUGCCCAUAUUACUCCUUCUUGUUUAUUUUUGGAAAAACUGGAGGUCGUUUGUAGAAACGAAGUACCUGCUCCUUAACACAAAAAUAAUCAAAGUUUGCGAAGAUGAAUAUGAAAAAAGAAAGGAGGAGGUAGGAAAUCAAAGUAAUACUUCAAUGCCAACGACGUCCUCAUCGACGAAUGAAAUAAAUCGUCAAGAACGCGGAGAAAUUACUGAAGAAAUUACUGAACAUUUUACUGAAGACACUGCAGACCAGCGGUAUACUGUGAAUGUUGCUAAGAAGACAGUUUCGAAAGUUCUCUAUGAUAAAGUAAGGGAAAGGAUUUUUCCCUAUGACAAAGUCUUAUUUUCUUUCUUUGUACGAAUUUUUUUCGUUGCCAAUUUUUGUCUUAUUGUAUUUGUUAUGUUGUUAUUAGCCCAAGAAUCUAACAUUCCAACCGCGGCUCAAAUAAUGAGCACAAUUAUAGUGAGUACAUUCCCGUUGAUUUUCGACGCAAUUUGGGCGGAUUAUACUUUUGAACAAAAAGAUGUGAAUGGCAAAAAGCUGGAACAAAAUAUCGGCGAAAUUAUAGAAAUAUGUGAAACGAACACUCAUAUUAUAACCGUUGAGGUGGUAGGUGAAGCAACAAACGUGGAUGACAUAAUCGAAAAGUUAUACGAUGUAUUCAAGGAUGAACAAACUGAAUAA